AUGGACUCUAAUCCAGAUGUGAAGAAGAAAAGGAGCGGAGACUCUGAAGGGGGCAUGUCUAAAUAUGACUCUGAAGGGGGCGUGUCUACAUGUGACUCUGACAGCGUCCAGCAGGGGGCAUCAGAAACACAGUCCAAGAGGACAGACGAGACAAAGAGGCACUCUGCUGAAGAACACAGCGUCCAGCAGGGGGCAUCAGACACACAGUCCAAGAGGUCGGACGAGACAGAGAGGCACUCUGCUGAAGAACACAGAUGGACACCAGCAGAGGCAGAAGUCAAUGAGAAACUCAGAUCCACUCUGAAGAGGAAAUUUCAGCAUCUGGCUGAGGGAGUACCACAUCAGGGAGACAUCAGACUCCUCCAUGAGAUCUACACAGAGCUCUACAUCACAGAGGGGGGAAGAGGAUGGUUCAAUAAUGAACAUGAGGUCAGACAGAUAGAGAGAGCAUCCAGGAGAGAAGCAGCACAAGGCAGACCAAUCAAAUGCAGUGACAUCUUUAAACCCUUAUCUGGACAAGACAAACACAUCAGAACAGUGCUUACAGAGGGAGUGGCUGGCAUUGGAAAAACAAUCUCUGUGCAGAAGUUCAUUCUAGACUGGGCUGAAGGAAAAGCCAAUCAGGAUGUCUACUUAAUAUUUCCUCUUCCUUUCCGAGAGCUGAACCUGAUGAAGGAGAAGAAAAUCAGUCUGGCGGAGCUACUUCAACACUUUCACCCAGAAAUAAAAAAUCAAGCAAUCUUCAGCAGUUCAGAGCACAUGUUUAUCUUUGAUGGUCUUGAUGAGUGUCGACUUCCUCUAGAUUUCCACUCCAACCCAAGGUGUUGUGAUGUGACAGAGCCAGCCUCAGUGGACGUGCUGCUGACAAACCUCAUCAAGGGGAAUCUGCUUCCCUCUGCUCGCCUCUGGAUCACCACCCGACCAGCAGCAGCUCAUCUGAUCCCUCCUGAGUGUGUGGACCAGCUGACUGAAAUAAGAGGAUUCAAUAACCCACAGAAAGAGGAGUACUUUGGGAAGAGAAUCAGUGAUGAGAAUUUGGCUAACAGAACCAUCACACACCUGAAGUCAUCCAGGAGCCUCUACAUCAUGUGCCACAUUCCAGUCUUCUGCUGGAUUACUGCCACUGUUGUAGAGAGAACUUCAGAUGAAUCGGGGAGUCUACAAAUGCCAAGGACUCUAACUCAAAUGUACACACACUUCCUGAUCAUUCAGACAAGCAUGAAAAAGCACAAGUACACAGGGAGAAAAGAGACAGAUGAAGAGAUUAUUUUCAAACUGGGGAAACUGGCUUUCCAACAACUGGAGAAGGGCAAUCUGAUCUUCUAUGAGGAAGACCUGAGAGAGUGUGGCAUAGAUGUCACAGAAGCUUCAGUGUACUCAGGAGUGUGUUCUCAGAUCUUCAGAGAGGAGGCUGGGCUGUACCAGGGGAAGGUGUUCAGCUUUGUGCAUCUGAGCAUUCAGGAGUUUCUUGCAGCUUUAUAUGUGUUCCUCUGCUUCAGCAACAGAGAGAGAAACAUGCCUGACCAACAGCAAACCUCUCCGCUCUCUGCUCUGUUCAGAACUGCAUCACUUCAAGACCUACACACGACUGCAGUGGAUCUGUCCUUACAGAGUGAGAACGGACACCUGGACCUUUUCCUCCGCUUCCUUCUUGGCCUCUCUCUGGAGUCCAAUCAGAAUCUCCUAAGGCACCUACUGCCACAGAUAAGAAGCCAAUCACAGAGCCCAGAGCAAACAGUUCAGUAUGUCAAGGAGAAGAUCAGAGACGAGGCGAUCAGAGAGAAGAAUACUUCAGACAGAAUGGUUAACCUGUUCUACUGUCUUAAUGAGUUGAAUCACCAUGCUGUAGUAGAGGUCAUUGACAGGAGCUCAGGAACUCUGUCUGUAGUCAUGCUCUUACCAGGAGAGUGGAAGACUAAGAGGUUUAAGUUUGAGAUUUCAGAAGAGCAACUGGAUGAGUUUGAUCUGCAGAAGUACAUAAAGACACCAGAGAAAGAUCUGACUGAACUCCUCAGUCCAGAUGAAGUUCUUGAGAGGCUGGUGCCAGUGGUCACAGCAUCCACAUCAGCUGAGCUGCAGAUGUGUUCCCUCACAGAGAAGAGCUGUGCUGCUUUAGCAUCAGCUGUCAGAUCAACCUCCUGCAGUUUGAAGACGCUGGACCUGAGUGGCAAUGAUGAUCUUGAUGAUGCAGGAAUUCAGCAUCUCUCAGACCUCCUCAAGAGUCCCCACUGCAAGCUGGAGACACUAGUGUGA